CUGCUCACCGCUGUAUCCUACGGACAAGUGGAAGUGGCCAGCGCAUUAUUGAGCUACGGAGCAGACAAAGAUACCAGCGACGAAAAUGGAGUGACACUGCUGAUGCAUGCUGCGAGGCAAGGCCACGUCAUUACUGCAACACAUUUAAUGGAGCUGGAUGCAGAUAUCGACGCUCGAACGAGAAAGGGGAAAACCGCUUUGCACUUGGCUGCCCUGGGAGGAAGGCUCCAGAUGGUUGAGAAGCUGCUCGGGGAAGGAGCGAAAUUCAAUGUCGGAGACGUCAAAGGGGUCACCCCGUUGAUGGAAGCAACUCGAAACGAGCACGCUCGUAUUGUUCGACUCUUAAUA